AUGCAUCGUACUAGCUGCAAGCCAAACGACAUAAAACAUCCUGAUAGCGGAGCUUCUUUCCACGGCCGAACUCAUACCCCUCCCCUCUUCUAUAACUUUACGCUAUUUAUUUACUUGUCGCCUCCCACUCCCACUGAGACAAUUGAAAUACCCCAGGCUCUAAUAAACAUGUCUUCUUCUAAAUCCACUCUUACUGCCCAGGAACUGCAGGCCCUUGCCUCCAAGGCGAUCGCUGCUAAAGCUACGGCCUACUGUCCGUAUUCUAAAUUCCGCGUUGGAGCAUGUAUUCUCACCCAGUCUGGUGAAUACAUCACCGGUGCCAAUGUCGAAAACGCAUCCUAUCCUGUUGGCACAUGUGCAGAACGAGUGGCCUUUGGGACUGCUGUCGUCGCCGGAUAUCAUGACUUCAAAGCUAUUGCUAUCGCUACCGAUAGUAACCCUCCAGCGUCCCCGUGCGGCAUGUGCAGACAGUUCAUGAACGAAUUCACAACUCCCUCUUUUCCCAUUUACAUGUAUGGCUCGGAAGGAACCUACACUAUCAAGACAAUGCGUGAGCUUCUCCCCGACUCAUUCGGACCAGAAGAUUUCUCAAAGGAAAGGGUGCAGUCAUCGUAG